CUUUUUUGGAUGUCACUUAUUUUAUUCACACUCUGCUAAAGUAGAGAAAGACUAGUUCUGAAGUCUGCAGUACAUAUGUGAUAUUAAUGGUAGACUGUCGCCAACAGUUUAACGUAUCAUGACAAGUACCAUAUGUGGUUCCGGAAACGCUUCGUAUUGCCUCUGGUGUUUGUGGAGCGUCAUUAUGCACUUAAGUAAAAAUGGGCAGUAAUGGACUGUAAGUGAAGAUGCUGACACAGCCGGACAAAGGAUGGGCGUGGGUAGUGAUGGUCGCCUCCUUUUUCAUACAUUGCUUAAAUGCAGGUAUGCUUUACGGUACAGGGAUAAUACAGGUUGCCCUGCUCGAAAGAUUCCAGAAGGGGCUAGCUGUAACGUCAUGGGCAGGUGCUAUUUACAUCUUCCUGAUGUUUGGAGCAGGACUGAUUGGCAGUGUGCUAAUUAACCAGUUCAGCUGUCGAGUGGCGUUCCUAGUGGGGUCGGUGAUUAUGACGUCAGGACUUCUGGCAAGCUCAUUUGCAGAAUCGUUGGAAGUCCUCAUUAUAUCGUACGGUUUCACAGCAGGUCUAGGCUCUGGAAUCGUAUUCACAAGUGGUAUUGUGGUUGUUGGCCUUAACUUUCAGAAGAAGAGAAGCGUGGCUACAGGAUUCGCCUCGUGCGGAGCAGGUGCAGGAGCGUUCAUAUUCCCACCCCUUAUCCAGCUAGCCCGAGAAGAAUAUGGUGACAGUGGAUUCUUUAUCCUGUUAGCAGGAAUGGCUCUUAACAUCUCUGUGUUCGGAUCGCUUUGCUUCCCGUCAUAUUUAGAAUUCAACAAAAAUGCCCCAGAAAUGACAGCAUCAACCUUAUCCUUAUCUCUUCACAGCUUAACAAAACGACAACACUUUUGUAAACUGAUAUCCCUCUUAAGGAAUCUACCUUUUGUUUGCAUAUGUCUUAGUCAGCUUGCCAGUCAUAUUGGAAUUUACAUGAUGUAUGUCCAUAUUCCCAAUUUUGCUAUUUUGCAAGGAUCUACCGAUGCCCAGGCCUCCAUCUUGCUUUCCGUCAGUGGGAUUAUGAAUUGUGUGUCACGUCUGCUAGUCGGAAUGGCCGGAAACGCUGAUAACAUUUCCAACAUUGUGUUGUAUUUCGGCACUUUUGGUAUGUUAGGGAUCUCUACAGUGCUAUUCCCUCUAUAUGGUAAUACUUAUAUUGGUCAGAUAACUUACUCAGUAAUUUUGGGGACGUAUUCAGGAAGUUGCUAUGUCUUGUUGAGUACAAUUACUACAGAGAUGGUUGGCAUUGAAUUCCUUGUAUCAGCAUUUGGAAUCGCGAUGAUUUUUACCGGCUUUGGGACACUCAUGGGCCCACCACUUGCAGGGUUUAUAGUGGACGGCGGAGGGACCUACGAAUUAUCCUUCACUUUAGCAGGUUGCUGUAUACUACUGGCAGCUGUAUUAGGAAUAGCCGCAGAGGUGUUCCGGAGGAUAUACUACCCUGAUGAAGUGGUUUGGAUAAAAGAUCGAAAAACAUUGAAGCCUCACGAGAACCACAGUCUUCACACAGAGCUAAUACCACAGCAAAAAGCCAAUACACUUAAUCUCUAUCAUAAGGAAAACAGUUCACACGAAGUUAUGUUACCACUACAAACAGAUCAUAAAAUUUACACACAUGAACACGAAACAGGCUGCAUUCAUUAAGCGUUAACAUCACAACAAACAUACCAUAAACUGUUUGUAUUUUGCACAUUAACAAGAGAAAACCUCACUACAAACAAAACUUAUAGCACUUGAAAAAGGAAGCACUACAUACAGAACAUAAUAAUAAAUACAGUAAUAAAUUAUUUCUCGAUUUAAAUGUCACAUUCCAUUACAAAAGAAAUGAUUGCAGAUGCAACUUAUUUUCAGAUGCAUGUUAUUCUUAUUGUGGAUGAGUAAAGAGCUUGUUACUAUUCCUAAAUAUAUAAUAAUACGUAUUUAGGAAAAUGAAGUUGCCUUUUGGUACGUUAUCGUUAUUUUCUGGUAUUCUAUUGUUACGUAUACUGGAACAUUAUUGUUGCUUUCUGCUGCAUUAUUGAUACAAUGAGUUAUAAAAUGUACAUUUUCGUUACUAAUUGGUAUAUUAAAGUAAGUAUUUGAUGGUUAAUAGUACUCUAGUGU